AUGACAGAGUUAAGCCUUCGACGGCUCUGGGUGCUCGCUCUUGGCCUGUUCAGCCUUGUAGCGGCUGAACCAAAAGUUGUCACCCUUCCGCUCUCACGAAGCGAACGGCACAUUCUGGAAAAGAGAAAGUACGCAGGUGCAUUGCUGGGAAAUGACAUAUUGGAUGGAAAAGGACUCUACUGGGUGAAUGCAAGCGUCGGAACUCCGCCUCAACCAGUCCAACUGCAAGUGGACACGGGUAGCAGUGAUGUCUGGAUGUUUGGGCCCCAGUCCUGUGACUUAAACACGUCCCCUUGUCUUGGUAACGCUUAUGAUCCUACGCUGUCAUCCACAUCCAAAAUGCUCGGUAAAGGCGGGUUUAGCAUUCAGUAUGUCACGCCGGGCUCGGGCGUCAAAGGCGAUUAUGUUGGUGACAACUUUGGCUUUGGGUCGAUUACUGUCCAGGGUCUUACUAUGGGUGUUGCCCGGCAAGCACAAAAUGUUUUUACGGGUAUUAUGGGGAUCGGGUUCGCUGCGGGCGAGUCGAUCGUCAGCCAGGGCCAAAAGCCUUACAAGAACAUUAUCGAUAUGCUGGUCGAACAAGAUUUAAUUAACACCCGGGCGUACAGUCUCUGGCUAAACGAUGUGGACUAUGGUUUUGGCGGCCCCGGCGGUCCUGUGAUCCGAGUUCCAUUUUUCGAACUCGCUGUCCCAUGGUUGGAUGAUAAUGGUUACUACCAGAAACUAUCUAACGGCAAAGACGCAUGUGUCUUCGGUGUUGUGCCAAUCACGGACGAUUCCCCGAUCUUGUUCGGCGAUACCUUCCUGCGCUCAGCAUAUGUCGUAUAUGACUUGGACCAGCAACAAAUCGCCAUUGCCCCUACGCGGUACAAUAGUGAGGAUACCAACAUUGUUGAGAUCGGUGGCAAGGCCGGCUCCUCGCCACCCAAUUGGAAGACGGCCGGCAGUAAUGCCGCAAAGGUCACCCAGACAGCCACUGGCUUGCAGGCGCCCGGCGGCGGACUAUCCCCAGCGACGAUGACAGCACCAACCGGAUGGGUUUUCUCUCAGACAGCCACCCCGUUCCACCUUCCCGGGAAAGGUGGCUCAUCAUCUGGUGGUCAAUCUUCGUCUUCUCCAUCCAAUGGAGCUGCGUCGUCCUCUGCUAGGGGUGUUGUGCCUGGAGCCUUGACGAGUAUUGCAGUGGCCUCAUUGUGUAUGGCUAUGGGGACAAUGCUUAUAAUACUACAGUGAUACCCUUAUCAACUUGGAUAUUAGCCUAAUUAAUCAAAAACUAUAUAUGGGUCAAGAAAC